AUGUACUGUGAAGGUGGUGUCAUCUUUAAUUAUGAAUCGACCCUUCCCAUUGCCCUGACGAUCAUUCUAUCCAUCAUCCUCCUCAUUCUCAUCAUCGUGCGAGUGGUUCAGUGCUGCCAGGAGCGAAGGUCAAAGAGACUUGCAAAGAGGACCAAAACAAAAGACCAUUCACUAGAAGAGGGCGAAGAGGAGGAGGAGCGGUCAAAGACUUCUGUGCCGAAAAAAAGAGGAAAAUUGACGAAGUUGGGUAAACACAAAGAGGCUACCGAUGCUGCCGAUGCAGCACCUAUCGUCCCAGCCAACGAAAAUGGCUCCCUCCUGCAGAGCGGCAUUCGGUCUAAUCCCACGCGAAAAGCUGAGAACAAGUCGUGGUACGACUCAAAAGUGAUUCCCUACAUCGACGAUGGAGGCGCCUCGCUGGAUAACCUCUACCUCCCGGAAAACGCAAUUCAGGAGGUGGUGUGA